GCCCCACCACUCAUGCUUUUUUUGUCGUACGCAUGGCGCGGGCUGCCCCACUGUGGCGUCCAGGUGACGACGAUACCGCACGCACGCUGCCACUGCCGCGCCGCGGCGCUAACGGGCCCCGCACGCAAGCGUUAUCACGCGAGCCGUAUGCGUCUAUUACACACACAGUUGUUAAUCAUCGUCCGUCAUGCGGUGGCCCUUCUUCGCCUCGGCUUUAGCUCGCGACUCCGCCGCGCUCGGCAGCCGCUCCUUUGUCAUGCCCGCCGCGGCCUCCGCAUCUUUCUGCGUGAAGGGCGUCUCCUCCUUGAGCUCCUUGACGCGCCGCUUGUAGGCCCGCGACUUCUUGUGGUCGUCGAGCGCCUUCUGGUCCACGAAGUAUCGCGCCGUCUCGACGCAGUAGAACUGGCCGCAGCCCGGCAGGUCAUCAUCGAAGGGCUGCGCCGUUUCGAGCUGCUCCUUCUUCGUCAUGUCGUCGAAGACUUGCUCGACGUCGCGCCGCCGCCGCUUGGUGUCGCGGCCGCGCUUGUACUUUUUGAUCUUCGAGCCCGAGCCCGGUUUCGAUUUCGUGCGGUGGCCACCCUUUUUCGCCAUGGUUUAUUUAUCGCUGCGGCGUGCCGGCUGUGCGCUUUGCAGCUGUGCGCUUUGCAGCUGUGCGCUUUGCAGCUGUGCGUUUGCAGUGUGCAGCUGAGUGCAGUGUGCAGUCUUGCGGUGGAUGUCCGGCAGCGGUGGCGCGCGUUAAGCUAGCAGUCGCAGCGAUGCAAUUGUCUCUGUUUUCAGUCACUUUGUGCAACACUGCGGCAAUCACGCGUUUUGCGCUGCUCACGUGAUCCCG